AAACAUUUUCAAAAUUUUGAAAAGUUAAUUAUUAUUCGGAAAUCAUAAUUUGUAUCUGUUCUGUUUACUACAGUAUUUUAAUGGACUUCAACAAAAAAUUGUUUAAGGAGAAUUUCAAAGAUUAAAAUUAAUUGAUUAUAUAAUCGUAAAGUGCAUACAUACUUAUCUGCAUAAUACCAUGCAUGGAUUAUGUAAUAGGGAAGAAUGUAAUACUUUGAUAAAUGACUUAUUAUUAUCCUUUUAUGGAUUCUAAAAAUGUGAUAAGAAGUAUCAUUACAUUAAUCUUCAAAAUAUAUACAUAAGUACGAUAUACAUCGUAUUCAUCUAUUUAUAUUGACCUUCAGUACUGUCCAAAAAAAAAACAAGGUUUCAAAUUAAGUACUCACGCAAUGAUCUGUCUCUAAAAUUUUUUUUUAAAAUUAAUAAUUAAUAAAUAAACAUGGCUGAAAUUGAAAAAGUACCAAGUCCUUUUAUAUUAUAUAUUGUGAAUUUUUUGAGUUUGAUCACUGUUACAGUAUGUUUUGUACAAAAAGUGCCACAAAUUUUUAAAUUACGAGAAGCGAAAACUGCAUACGGAAUAAGUUUAGCAAGUCUUUUACUCGAAGUUUACAGUUAUUCGGUGUCAAUUUGCUAUAAUUAUCGAAAUGGAUAUGCAUUACUCUCAUAUUUGGAAUAUCAUUUUCUGUUGGUUCAAGAUUGGAUUAUAAUAUAUCUAACUCUGCAAUAUUCGAAUCUCAUUAAUUUUAAGGCUUUUGCUGGUGCUUCUUUAUAUUUUGGAAUCUUUGCGAUGUUUUUAUUAGGAUUUGUACCACCAGGAAUUUUAACAGCUCUUAUUCCGUUUAAUACGCCGAUUAGUGCUUCAAGUAAAGUUGUACAAUUGAUUAAAAUUAUUCAAUUGGGAAAUGCUGAAUCGAUAAGUUUGUUCACUUGGUUCAUAUCAGCGUCAACAAAUUUUACGCGUAUAAUUAGUAUUUUAAUGGAUUCAAACGACCCAAUAUUAUUAUUGAAUUUUGUGGUAUCAACCAUUCUUAGCACAUCAAUUUUGCUUACAGCAUAUUAUUAUAAGAGGAAGGCACAUGUCGAUUAAUACCAAAACCGUAUGUGUACCGCGAUUAUACGAAAGUUAAAAUAACCAAUAAGGAAGAAAAAAUUAUUAAAUCAAAUUAAAUUUAAAAAAAAUUGUAUCUUAUAAAACAAAAUCUACAAAUUUUAGGUAUCUUUAAUUAAAAUUUGAUUUUUCAUGUAAAGGUAGUAAAACUAUUAAAAAUUGUUGACAAAUUAUCAGCAUACUUAGAAUUAUUAUUAGCGGUUAUUUCAUUAUAAAUCUUGUACAAUUUAGUUUUAAUAAGGCUUAUGUACAAAAAUUAACGGUUUAAAUCCAUUUUUAAGCUACCUAAUUUUGUUAAUUAUUCGAAGUAGGAAUCGUAUUUUAUCAAAGUUAUUCAAAAAUAUGUCAUAUUUUGUAUAUGUACAAUUUCCCUUAAUUAAAGACAUUAUUAUCUGUGAUAAUAAUUGAUAACAUAAUUUUUUUUUUAAAUAAUUAUUCAGCCAUU